AUGUGGUCUCGAGGCGGCGCGUCCGUGGCGCCGGUGGGAAAGCCGGCAGCUUACGGCGCGGGAGCACCUAUGGCUGCUGCAGCGGUCCCCGAGAGCCUGAAAGUUGUCAACUUUACCCUUAACUUCGACCCCCACUCUAUUGCGGUGGCGUGCCUUCGUCGCGCUUUUCUGUCCAAUCAUCGGUUACUGACGGCGGAUUUCGACCAAUCACAGCGCACGAAGGCGUGGAGGUGGGGGCCGUGGCGCUCAACGCCGUGCAGCGCCGCAACGCGCGCGUCUCUGCGGGCGACCGGGUGCCGAUGGCUGGGAGGUAAGGGGGAGGUGGGGGCCGUAGCGCUCAACUCCGUGCAGCGCCGCAACGCGCGCGUCUCUGCGGGCGACCGGGUGCCGGUGGGGAGGUUCGUUCCCCCGCCAAUUAACUUUGAGCUGCAAACCACCACUUUGGAGAUCGACUUUCACUCCAAGGGCCGAGCCAGAGCUGAGCAGCUAGACGCAGCAGAGCUAUCAAAGGAUGUGCUGAAGCGCUUUGCAGGGCAGGUGCUGACAGUGGGGCAGAAGAUCUCCUUUGAGUACCGCGGCACCAACUUUGCCCUCUCCGUCAUUCUCGUGGAGUUCCCAGCACCCGAAGGGCAGGAGGGCGCACGGGCAUUUGCGUCGACGCGCGGGCUGCUGGUGAAGCAGACGGGGAUCAUCUACGAGGCUGCUGCUGGCUCAGGCAUCAAGGUGGUGAAUCAGAUGAGGGCAGGGGGCGGCAAGGCGGCAGCGCUAUUCAAGCAGAAGGAUUUCAACUUUGAGAAGCUCGGCAUCGGCGGGCUCGAUGCUCAGUUUGCUGAUAUUUUCCGCCGAGCCUUCGCCUCCCGUGUCUUCCCACCGCACAUCAUCUCCCGCCUGGGCAUUACACACGUGAAGGGAAUGCUACUGCAUGGUCCACCUGGUACGGGCAAGACGCUGAUCGCGCGGCAGAUAGGCAAGCUUCUCAACGGCAUGGAGCCCAAGGUGGUGAACGGCCCUGAGAUCCUGGACAAGUAUGUGGGAGCAGCAGAGAAGAAUAUCCGAGAUCUGUUUGCCGAUGCUGAGAAGGACCAGAAGGAGCAUGGAGAUGAGAGUGACCUGCACAUCAUCAUCUUUGAUGAAAUCGAUGCCAUCUGUAAGAGUCGAGGGUCUGUUCGUGAUGGCACGGGGGUGCACGACAGCAUAGUCAACCAGCUGCUCACCAAGAUCGAUGGAGUCGAGUCGCUGAACAACAUUCUUCUAAUCGGCAUGACCAACCGGAAAGACAUGCUCGACGAGGCUCUGCUCAGACCUGGUCGAUUGGAGGUGCAGAUUGAAAUAGGGUUACCAGACGAGGAGGGGCGAGUGAAGAUCCUGGCCAUCCAUUCCAACAAGAUGCGCGAGAACUCCUUCAUGGGUGCUGACGUGGACCUCAACAGCCUGGCUGCACGCACCAAGAACUUCAGUGGAGCAGAGCUAGAAGGCCUGGUCAAGAGUGCAGUCUCCUUCGCCCUGUCACGGCAAACGGACCCCUCGGACCUCACCAAGGCGAUAGACGAGGACAACAUCCGAGUGACCAUGGUGGAUUUCGAAAAGGCGCUCACUGAGGUGCGGCCGGCGUACGGUGCCAACACAGAGCAGCUCAACAUGUACCGUCUGAACGGCAUGCUGCAGUCCCUAACAGCCCACCACCACAUUCUCUCCACCGCCAAGCGCCAGGUGCUGCAAGUGCGGAGCAGCGAGAGAACGCCCCUGCUGACGUGCCUGCUGGAGGGGUCGCCAGGGAGUGGAAAGACGGCUCUUGGUGCUACAAUUGCCAUGGAAAGCGGUUUCCCCUUUGUUAAGAUGAUCUCAGCAGAAACGAUGGUGGGCAUGUCAGAGCCGUCCAAAUGCUCAGCCAUAGCCAAGGUGUUUGACGAUGCGUAUAAAUCAGCCUUCAGCAUCGUCAUCUUGGACGACAUAGAGCGCCUCUUUGAGUAUGUCAGCAUCGGCCCGCGCUUCUCCAACCUCGUGCUGCAGUCACUGCUCGUGCUCGUCAAGAGGCUCCCACCUGAGGGUCACAAGCUGUACGUGAUUGCAACCACGAGCCUCCCAGAGGAUCUUCAGCAGGCCAUGCACCUCUCCUCCUCUUUCAACACUGUUCUCACCGUGCCCACGCUCUCACGCAUCGAAACCAAGGCGGCGCUGAGGGAACUGGAGGUGUUCGAAGCAGACGACAUUGACACUGCUGUGGAUGCCCUUCACUCCACAGUGGAAGAGCUGGACGUGUUUGAAGCAGACGACAUUGAUACUGCUGUGGAUGCCCUUCCCUCCACAGUGGAAGAGCUGGACGUGUUUGAAGCAGACGACAUUGAUACUGCUGUGGAUGCCCUUCCCUCCACAGUGGAAGAGUGGAAGAGGCCACUGAGGGAGCUGGACUUGUUUGAAGCAGACGACAUUGAUACUGCUGUGGAUGCCCUUCCCUCCACAGUGGAAGAGAUGACCAUCAAGAAGCUCCUCAUGUUCAUCGAGAUGGCUUCUCAGGGCUCCACUGCUCCCCAUCCAUAG